CCACCAUUAAUCAAGUAAGAACUGUCUUACAAAUUAGGGUUAUUUUAGAUGAUGACUAUAACUACUGAAACAUAUGAUGUCUUUUUUCUGUGUUUUUGGGGAAGAACAUUGUUUGCAUCCAUCAGCUAGCUAGCGUUUUUACGAUCCGCACUGUCCAGGGAAGGGCAGGUGCGCGAGACAACUUUACCAGCAUCAUAGCAUACAUAUCGAUGAAUCCUUGUGACAUGAAAUACGAGUGAUACUGUAAUCAUUGUGUAAUUACUACGUAAAAAAAUUAUGAACGCGAUAAAUUGUUAUGUGACUGCAGUCAUAUUCAGGUCCUGAUUGGUCAACAAGCUUAUUUGACACGUCAAAUAGUGUUCUUUGAAUUGUAUCAUUUUUGACAAGUCAAGACCCAAACGGCGUUCCAUACUAUGUAUGGACUAUUAUUUGUUGGCUAUUAAUUAUGUUUAUAUCAUUUUAUAUAAAUACAUUGUAAAGAAAAAGAUAAGUGGGCAAAUAUCCAUUUUAAACAUGUACAUUUCAAAAUGCUAAAUGUUCCUGUGCUUGUUAAAUUCUAAGGUACGACUACAUAUCAUGCUAUUUAUGUUUACAAUAAUUAAUAUAACAAUGUUACCGUAAAUGUAUCCUUUUUAUACAAACAUGUUUAUUAUCACAGGACGGAUUUGCGACUGCGUGAGCUGCUCUGAAAAAACAAAAGGGCUUUUUAUUUGAGUGUAACGGUAUCAAAGACUCUGUGGUGUUAUCAACCUGCUGCCACAUAUCAAAUGAAAUCAACAGUUCAUGAUUUUUACCUUCACUUAAAUGAAUUCCAGGAUGACUCAUGUUGUACCUCUUGUGUUUGCAUUUUGCUUGGGAGCGGUGGUACCUGCUUUGAGCUACCCGGAGACAGCUUUCGCACCGCCGGUUCAGCCCUGUCUUGCGCCCUUGCAAUGGGAGGGCAGAUCCGUCGAAUACAACCACAACACAGGACGAAAUACACGGGCCUCGGUGUCGUAUGAUGCACAGAACCACAGAAUAAGGCUUCUUCAACAGAAUAAAAAACAUACACCAUGCCAGAAAUACUUUGAGUUUAUCUACCUGUACAACAGUGGCCUGCUGUUCCAGAUCGAGCAGAAGACAAAGCAGUGUUCUAAGAUCCCCUUGACCCAGGCCUGGGACCCCUUUGACAUCCCUAUGAACUCCACCUAUGAGGACCAGUACUUUAUCGGUGGACCUGGAGACAUGAUCGAGGUGCAGGAGUGGUCAGAUAGGAAACCAGCCCGCAAAAAUGAGGCGUGGGUGGGAGUCUACACAGUGAAGGACUGCUACCCUGUCCAGGAGACCUACACCAGGAACAGCAGCAUCACUACCUCUACCCGCUUCUUUGACCUCCAGCUGGGCAUCAGCGACCCGGAAGUCUUCACACCGCCCAGCAGCUGCCAGUCAGCCCGCCCAGAGAGGAUGGACUCCGACUGCUGAGGCCUUCACCUUUCCCCUUUGACCCCAUGCUCGUUGACCCCAUGCUCUGUUUUCACAUUUCCCCCACUUUUUUUUAUAUUUUUAAAUUGAACCUUUAUUUAACUAGGCAAGUCAGUUAAGAACUAAUUCUUAUUAGUGCCGGUUUAGGUGUAGGUCCAACUGUCCCGGCAUCCCGGUUAGAGGAUGUAGAAUGACCAGCAGGAGACAGGGAGACAAGGCACACUUUAUUACCAAACACACACACAUGGCAAACUGAAAGAGGAGACUAUUAGUAGUGUAAGUGUUGUAGUGGUUGUCUACAAGAGAAGAGCAUGUAUUACAUAAUGGCAUUACAGGCUAAUGACUAUGUAAUAGCAAUGAGGAUGACACGUACUAUAAUGGUCAGGUAUUAGCAUAAGCUUAUGUGGUACACUGUAGGAUACAAUAGUACACUAUGGACAGAGCUACUAGCAUGUAUUAGCAGCUAGGCUAACAGUAUGGCUUACAAAGAGAAGUUUGUAGCAGCCAACUAAUGUAGCACACAUUAUGACAGUAUAUACAGGUGGGCUAGCAUAGCAUAGUAUACACAAGAUACAAUUAUUGGCUAGCAUAUGUAAAAUAUACAAGAAAAGCUAGCAUGCUAGGCUAGCAGGCCACAGGCUGUGGGUAGUAGCACACAAUAUAUACAGUGGAGGCUAGUAAGCUUCAGGUUAUAGGUACAGCAUACAGAACUAUGUACAGUAGGGAGGAGUUUGCAUUAGGGUUAGCAGCUAGGAGUUAGCAUUAUAUUUGUCUAGCAAUGGACAUCUUGGUAGAGGCUACGAUUCGUAUGAGGAAGUGACCGGAUGUUACCGGUCGGCCAUUUUAGGUGAGCAACUCGAAGAUCUAACUGGUAGCCAUCUUGGGUUCCAUAACAACAAUGAAGGGAUUACUCCUCAUGGCCUGGAUACUGUACUGUAGCCAGAACUAUGCCAAGCGGGUAGAUAACUUGUUUUAUGUUACAUGGGAUUGCAGACAGAAGUAAUCCUAACAUAACAACUAAUGCAACAUGUAUAAGCAUAUACUAACAUAAUAAUAUCAGCCUAUAACAUGUAAGCAGAUGUUUUGUAGUGAUUUCUAUGUUGAAAAUGUAAAGAAUAUUUGCUUGUCUAUGGUGUGUAAUGAGGAGCAACCAGAUGCUGAAUUUUACAUAUUUAUUAAUUUGCUUGUUCCAGUUCCUAAUAAGCAUGCAUCCAUUAAGAAAAUGACUGUAAAAACUGUUAAAUCUCUGUGGAUUGAUGAGGAAUUGACAAAUGUAUGGUUGAGAGGGAUGAGGCAAAAAGAUUGACCAAUAUGUCCGUCUGCACAGCCGAUUCGCAAACAUACUGUACAUUAAGAAAUCAUGUGACUAAACAAAAUAAGAAUCUGUACUUUGAAACAAAGAUAAAUAAUACAAAGAAUGAAGAGAAAAGCUUUGGAAAACCUUAAAUUAAAUUUGGGGCAAAAAGGCAACCUUGGCUCCAUCAUUCAUUGAAUCAGAUGGCUCACUCAUCACAAAAUCCACUGUUAUUGCCAAGUACUUUAAUGAUUUGUUCAUUGACAAGGAUAGCAAACUUAGGCAUGACAUGCCAACAUCAAAUUCUGAACCUACACAUCCAUUUAUAACUGACCAAAUUAUGAAAGACAAGCAUUGUAAUUUUGAAUUCCGUAACUUGAAUGUGGAAGAGGUGAAACAAUUGUCUAUCAACGAUGACAAGCCACCUGGGUCUGACAACUUGGAUGGAAAAUUACUUAGGGUGAUAGUGGAUGAUAUUACCACUCCUUUUUGCCAUCUCUUCAAUCUAAGCCUACAGGAAAGUGUGUGCCCUCAGGUCUUGAAGAAAGUAAAAGUCAUUCCGCUACCCAAGAAUAGCAAAGCACCCUUUACUGGUUCAAACAUCCAACCAAACAUCAGCCUGUUACCAACCCUUAGUAAAGUUUUGGAAAAAAUGGUGUUUGACCAGAUACAAUGCUAUUUCACAGUAAAAAUAAUAAUUGGUCUCUUCACAGUCCCCAAAUCCAGAACAGAUUAUGGGAGGUGUACAGUACUACAUAGAGCCAUCACUACAUGGAACUUCCACAUGAAGUUACUCAUGCAAGCAGUACAAUUAGAUUUUUUUUAAACAAAAAAAACCAGAUAAAAAUACACCUUAUGGAACAGCAGGGAAUGUGAAGACACACAGGCACAGACAUAUGGAUACACUCACAUGAUAACAUAUGCACACUAUACACACAUGUACACGUGUGCAUUUUAUGUUGUAGAUAUGUGCUAGUGAAGUAGUGGACUGAGGGCACACACAUAAUGUGUUGUGAAAUCUGUUGUGAAUUGAAUUGUAAUGUUUUUAAAACUGUAUAACUGCCUUAAUUGUGCUGGACCCCAGGAAGUAUGCUGCCUUCAAAUUAAUUUGGGAAGGGUCCAUAAGUGUGUUGAGGUGGAGGACAGAUAGGUGGUUGGCCGAAGCCUUAAGGGAGGAACAGAUUUUUUUGUAUAUGACAGUAAAACAUUCUUGUGACACAAAUUUGUUGGCCCCUUCAAUUCUUACACAUUUUCGCCUAAAACAUAUAUUCCAACACUCAGCCGCUAAGAAAAAUUUGCUUAACUACUAAACUUAAAACUAAUCAGAACUCCCGUACAUACACCUCGUGAUGAAGGCUAUGCUUCUAUCUAUGAUAUAAACACAGCUACUUGUGAAAACAUGAGCUGCUGUCUGAUGAAGAGGAACAUAUACAUAGCUAGCUCCCAGACUGAAAAAAUUGAAAUAUUUGUUUUUGAGUGCACUUGAAAUAUGUUGCAUACAAUACGAAUUGUCUUGAAAAUAUGAAGAGGUAAAUCUGUUUACCAUUUAGCCAAUUUAUUGAAAGCUAGCCAAUGUUACAGACAAGCCUACUGUAAAUGUCAAUUUGUGUUUCAUUAGCCAUCUCUCUGUCAGUUAAUUAAAUUGUUAAAUCAUGUUUUGGCAUGAUACAUACAGUAUGUCUCAUUUCAAAUAACUAGCUGCAGGCUUAAAGAAACAUAUACUUUGCAUAGAAACCCAAAUAAAGGCAUGUAGAUAGAAA